AUGAGCCAAUCCAGCAUCUUGGACCGACUUUCAGCGCUCGACACCAACACCGUGUCUGAUGCCUUAGAUUUCCUCGGCCUCAAAGGAGCCACAUACGGCCUGCGACCACUCUGGGACUGUCCUAAGAUAGUUGGACGUGCCAGCACAGUGAAAGUGGGCCCCAAGACUGAUACUGCUCCCACAACACAUCUACUUACACCGGUCAUCGAUGCGGUAACGACCGAUGAUCGCGUUCUUGUCAUCUCGGGCGGCAUAGAUGGCAUCUCAUGUUGGGGUGAUAUCGUCGCCAAUGCAUCGAAACAAAAGCGUAUCCGGGGAACCGUGAUCGAUGGUAUGAGUCGCGAUAUUGACGGCAGCCGUGAGGUUGGGUAUCCCGUUUACGGUCGUGGAGUCACCAUGAUCAGUGCGCGCAAUCGCUUAGUGCAGGUCGACUCCGGCACACCCUUGCAAGUGCGAGGAGUCACAGUCCACCAAGAUGACUAUGUAAUCGCCGAUCGUUGCGGGACAGUCUUCGUCCCGGCUCAGCGUAUUGAGGACGUCCUAGAAUUUGGCGAGCGGAUCGACCGUCGCCAGGCUAAGAUGGUCGAUGCCGUUCGAGCCGGUCAGCCGGUGUCUGAAGUCAUGCACGACAAGCAAUUCGAAGCCAUUCGCGAAAAUGCACCACUAUCAACAGUCUUGCCAGUCGCGCCAGCCUCCAAACGAAACCCCAAGCAAGCUAGUCCCGAGGAUCAAGAGUUAGUAGCUCUUUUCGCCGAUUCAGACACCCCUGGUGUCUCUGAUGCACUUGAUAAACUCGGCAUUCCGGGACAGGCGUUCGGUAUAAUGCCUUUGACCGAUUACAAAAAGGUUACCGUCGGGCCGGCCUUCACUGUUCGUUACGUACCCGCCAGCGAUCCACCUGGAAGUGUCGGUGAUUUUAUCGACGAGGUUGCCAUAGGUGAUGUCGUGGUCAUCGAUAAUGGUGGUCGCACAGAUUGUACCGUCUGGGGCGAUAUAAUGACGCAGUACGCUGGGUUACGAGACAUCGCUGGAACUGUUAUCGAUGGUGUAUGCCGCGAUGUGAACCGUGCCAUCGACGAUGACUACCCACUCUUCACGGCUGGACGCUGGAUGCGAACUGGCAAGGAUCGGGUUCAAGUGGGAGGUGUCAACGAGUCAAUCGGCAUCGGCAAGGUUCGUGUCAACCCUCGCGACAUCGUUGUCGCCGAUGCAAAUGGUGUCGUUAUUGUCCCGCGAGAUCGCGCCCGUGAGGUGGCCGAAGUCGCACGAAGGAUCGAGAAGAGUGAAGCUGGCAUCCGGGAAUUGAUCGCUAGCGGUGCUACGAUCGCUGAGGCGCGAGAGAAGCUUGGUUACCACACAUUGCAGCGUAAGGUUUAA